AUGUCGAUACGUCGCAGUGCCGAGCGGCUGUGGCUGAGCGCCGCGCAGGCGAGUGGAAUACUCGAGAUCGAGGCUUCGAAGAAGGCGGUUGCGGCGCUCGAGACAGCCCUCGAGGCGGCAACGAACCGGCGCGCAGCUGCUUUGGCCUCGCACGACGAGGUCGUAUCGCAGCACGCGUCGACGCAGCAGCAGCUCACGUCCUUGAUGCAGCGGCGAGAGUCCUGGGACAGCGUAGACGUGACACGCUUCACUGAGCUGACGGCGAAGGAGCACGCACUCAAGGGAGGCAUAUCGGCUGCGCUGCACGAGCGUUCAGAGGCUGAGGUUGAGGCUGAGCGUGCGCAGCGCUCAUACCUCCGUGCGAUGCAGGAUAAGUACGCCGCCGAGAUCCUGCUCGGCGAGAAGAACAAGCUGCUCAGCACGGGCGUGUGGCUCGCUCUACUCGCCUGCAACACCACCAUUUUCGGAGGCGGCAACGAGUGCGGCGGUCGCGGCGGUGGCGGCGGAGCGCGAGCGGCUGUUCCGGCAGGGGUUCCGAGCCGCCUCGGUCCGGCCAGAUGA